AUGACGGGUAAAAUGGAAACCCCUUUCUACCACGAUGAGGCCCCAGGUGUCCCACACAGCUUCGGACAACACCAUGCAGAUUACGAACGCUACCAGGGACACAAGAUGAUGAGUAAGAAGGUGGCACAUAACUUCUCAGGCGGUUCCCACGGCAGCUCUGGCCUGAAACUGUCCCAAGGUCAGCCGGGGAGCAACUGCAAUAUCAAUCCUAAUAAUCUGGGAGGGAUUAACAGCAACACGAACAGCUCGUUAAUGCCCGGCGGUUUGUCAGAUAUGAACCUUCUGAAGCUGGCCUCCCCUGACCUCGAGCACCUCAUCAUCCAGUCCAACCAGGGCCUGGUGACGACGUCUCCUGUGCCCAACCACAACGGAGGUAACCCCUUCAUGUACCGGAACAACGCGACUAACGAACAGGAGGGUUUUGCCGAUGGGUUCGUCAAAGCCCUGGCGGAUCUCCAUAAACAGAACCAGCUGGUUGGAGCCCCCAUGUCCCCCUCCUCCUCUGUACAAGGUCCGUACCAGAGGAACAUCAUGUCUGCAGGAGACCUUCCCAUCUAUACCAACCUCAGCAGCUACAACCCUAACCACCCCAACCACAUCUCAUCAUCCUACCCAGGCGGCCAGAUGCCCGGCAGCUACCCAGGCCCGGGGCACCACGGACCCGGAGGCCCGGGGUCCCACCAUCCCCACAACAGGGGCCUGGACGCCCCUCAGACUGUCCCAGAGGUACGUAACCCUUCCGGGGACCCCACCUCCUCCCCUCCCUCCCUCUCUCCCAUCGACCUGGAGACCCAGGAGAGGAUCAAGGCAGAGAGGAAGAAGUUGCGUAACCGGAUCGCGGCGUCCAAGUGUCGCAAGAGGAAGCUGGAGCGGAUCUCCAGGCUGGAGGAGAAGGUGAAGGUCCUGAAGACCCAGAACUGUGACCUGACCUCCACCGCCUCGGUCCUGAGGGAACAGGUGGCCCAGCUCAAACAGAAAGUCAUGAAUCACGUCACCAACGGCUGCCAGAUAGCGGUCAGCUCAGCGGCCCUGCAGUCCAAGAGCACCGGGGAGAGGGAGAGCACCAGCUGCUGA